AUGACGAGACGCAGCACCCCAGCACCCAAGCCAGUCGUGCUCAUCGCCGAGACCCUCUCGCCCGCGACACUCAAGGCGCUCGGCAAGGACGUCAUCGUGCGGCACGUCGACGGGACGGAUCGCCCGGCGCUCCUGGCCGCCCUGCACGACGCCGACGCGGUGCUCAUCCGCUCCGCGACGCAGAUCGACGCCGAGGCCCUCGCUGCUGCUCCCCAGCUGCGGGUCGUUGCGCGUGCCGGUGUCGGACUGGACAAUGUCGACAUCAAGGCGGCGACCCGCGCCGGCGUCAUGGUCGUCAACGCGCCCACGUCCAACAUCAUCUCGGCGGCCGAGCUGACCAUCGGGCAUAUCUUGUCGCUCGCGCGCCGCAUCCCCGCCGCGCACGCGUCCCUCUCCGCCGGGCAGUGGAAGCGCUCGGCGUUCAACGGCACCGAGCUGUACGAGAAGACGCUGGGCAUCAUCGGGCUCGGGCGCAUCGGCGGGCUCAUCAGCGCGCGCAUGCAGGCGUUCGGCAUGAAGGUCGUCGCGUACGACCCGUACAUCACCACUACUCGCGCGCAGCAGCUUGGUGUCGAGAUCCUCUCGCUUAACGACCUCCUCAAGCGCGCCGACUUUAUCACGAUCCACAUGCCCAAGACGCCCGAGACGACGGGCAUGAUCUCGACCGAGCAGCUCAAGAUCAUGAAGCCGACCGCGUGCGUCAUCAACGUUGCGCGUGGCGGCCUGAUCGACGAGGACGCACUCUUCACUGCUCUGUCAACCAACGUGAUCGGCGGGGCGGGCCUCGACGUCUUCAGCUCCGAGCCGCCGACCGACAAGAGGCUCCUUUCGCUCCCCAACGUCGUGGUCACGCCGCACCUCGGCGCCAGCACGGAGGAGGCGCAGGAGAAGGCCGGCGUGUCGGUCGCCAAGAGUGUGCUGCUCGCCCUCAACGGUGAGCUCGUCCCCGACGCCGUCAACGUCGCGGGCGGCGCGAUCGACACGUACGUCCGCCCCGGCAUUCCUUUGACCGAGAAGCUUGGCCAGUUCCUUGCCGCCCUGGCGCGCUCAGCGCCAAUCACCAACCUCGACGUCGAAGUCCACGGCGAGCUCGCCGCGUUUGACGUGUCUGCGCUCAAGCUUGCGGCGCUCAAGGGCCUGUUCACCAACAUUGUCAGCGGGCAGGUGUCGUACGUCAACGCCCCUCUACUCGCCGAGCAGCGCGGUAUCAACGUCCGCCUCAUCACGUCCAACAAGUCGGACGACUACCGCAACGUCAUCACGCUCAAGGGCUCGCUGUCGGACGGCCAGCUCGUCUCCGUGUCGGGCACGCUCACCGGCCCGAAGCAGAUCGAGAAGCUGGUCGGGAUCAACGGGUACGCCGUCGAGCUCCCCUUUGAGACGUACCACAUCAUCCUCGUGUACCAGGACCGCCCGGGUAUCGUCGCCGUCUACGGCAAGCAUUUCGGCGAGGCGGGCAUCAACAUUGCCGGCAUGCAGAUUGCGCGUGACGAGGCCGGCGGGAGCGCCCUGUCCGUCCUCACGGUCGAUUCGCCCGUGCCCGAGGACAUGCUCAACACGGUCAGCAAGGCCAUCUCGGCGACCACCCUCCACCAGAUCGAGAUCACCGAGUAG